AGUAUAUAAAGAGCGAAAGUCUCGAAGUGCAAAUUAGGGCGUAAAAGAAAAAACGAAGCCGUAGAAGAGGGCUCUUUCUCUGUGGAGCAAACUUAUCCUUACGAACCACGAUGGAUCGGUACCAGAGAGUGGAGAAGCCGAGAGCGGACACGCCGAUUGAUGCGAAUGAGAUACGGAUUACGAGCCAGGGAAGGAUGCGCAACUAUAUCACCUAUGCCAUGAGCCUGCUUCAAGAGGAAAAAGGUUCGAAUGAAAUUGUAUUCAAGGCGAUGGGAAGAGCUAUCAACAAGACUGUGACGAUCGUGGAGUUAAUCAAGAGAAGAAUUGUUGGUCUUCAUCAGAACACUUCAAUUGGAUCCACAGACAUUACUGACACAUGGGAGCCCCUAGAGGAAGGCCUUCUUCCAUUGGAAACCACAAGGCAUGUGUCAAUGAUAACAAUAACCCUCUCAAAGAAUGAACUGAAUACAUCCUCUGUUGGGUAUCAACCUCCAAUACCUGCGGAGCAGGUGAAGGCAUCCACAGACUUUGAUUACGAAGGAGAGGGUUCGCCUAGAGGUCGAGGGUGGGGCCGUGGUGGCAGAGGAAGGGGAAGGGCUAGAGGCAAUGGUUUCAUGGGGGCUGAUUAUGAGGAUGGAGGUUGGGACCGCAGUCGGGGCAAUGCUAGGGGUAGGGGUCGUGGGAGAGGACGUAGUUUCCGUGGCCGUGGAAGAGGAUGGUACAAUGGACCUCCUGUUGAUGCACAACAAGAUGGAGGCCGUGGAAGAGGAUGGUACAAUGGACCUCAGGUUGAUGCACAACAAGAUGGAGGAUACAAUCGUGAACCACCUGUUCAAGGCCGAGGUCGUGGCCGUGGGAGGGGAAAUCGUGGAAGGGGCCGUGGCUUUAGAUCUAAUGGGCCGAUCCAGGCAGCUGCAUGAGGCAUUGAGCGGGCUUCCGUGAGCACAAUGGCAAUAAUUCAAGUGAUGGAUGCCUUUUCCAAUUUGUGUUUCAUUAUCCUUUGUUAGUUCCUUUUUUUUUGGGCCCCGGACUAGUAUUAAUUGUAGGACGCAUUUAUAUGUUAGUGCUGUAGACUGAUAGUUUGGGCUUGCUACCAUAUGAGGCAACACCCUUUUUAUCGUAGACUUAGGUGAGAUGCUUGAAAGGUUGUAAUUUUUCCAUUUUGACCGAGUAGUGCAUUCUUUUAUUUUUGUUUGGAGA